AUGAUUGGACUAAUCGUCAAUAUACAUAACAGAUGUAACGAGAGAAGAUGUAGGUGCACACAGGGUAAAAAGUUUCUAACUGCAAAAGCAGGACUUGUGGGAACAGGAGAUUUUGGGUACUGUACUCAUGAAUCUCGCAGAGGAGAAUCCAAGAUAUCAAAAGUUAUCUGGACAAAUGUUCCACUUGAGAGAGUAGGAUAUGUUGACGCAUUCGAAGAACUAGAGUUGGUGACUGUAUAUUACCAUAGUACCCUUGACAAGGACAGACGUUACAUUAAGAAGCCUCUUCUAAUAAGGGUGAAAGACGGUAAGCAAAAUUACCAUUGGUUUGAAAAUAUUGGAACCUAUGACAAUAGAAGAUGGUGGAGGAUUGACCAGGAAGCAGGAUCAGGUUGUUAUCCUACAGAGGAUAGUGAUUAUACAAACAAUACUAACUUGGAGAAUAAACUAACCUAUAUUGCGUGCAGACUGCAUGGACUUCAUGGGAUAAAGAUAGACGUUGCCGAUAAUCAUAAUAUUGACUGCGCAAUUUGUAAGGCUAAUGAUCCAAUAAAGUUUAUAAAAAGGGACACCAGUGAAGUAUUUGGCUAUGUAAAGCAUGUAUAUAGCGGUAGUUUUUCAGGAAAAUCUGUUUUGAUUCACAAUGGGAACCAGGUUACUAUAAGGAGAAUAUCAUCAAUGAGGAGAGGCUACUAUGUGCAAUUUCAACUUGAUUCGGAUAAUGUUAAGAAUGUUAAUGUUUACUACUGGAGUGGUGAUCUUCAAAAGAAGAGUCCUCUUAUGAUAGAGAUAAUACUCAAUAACCUGAAAUCUUACUGGCUAGAAAAUAUCAGUAAACAUGAAAAGACUGGAACAAUUAGGCAUGAUAAAUGGAAGGUGCUGGGAAGUGAGGAAAUCAAUAAGUUGGAUGGACAGGGUCCAUAUCUCAAAACUAGACUCGAUAUUCUCAACUGUGUAUACAAUGGUACGAUUCAGAUUAAGAUUGGAAAGCAAAGUUGCCAUGAAACAAAUCAUUAUUUACAUAGGAAUAGAAUUAGUUAUGGAUACGGAGAGGUUUUUGGAACGGAUCCUGUUCUUUAUUCCUACAGAUAUAAGCCAAGCUACUUAUCAAAUCAACAAUCAUUUAACAUAUCUGAGAUUACUGUCCUGAAUAAGGAGCAGGAAUUUCCAGAAAAUGUUCUUCCUAUGAAAGAGGUUAAGAUGCUUAAUGCAUACGUAUCACCAUGUGAUGAGGAUAAACCUUUUCUUAUAUGCAUUGAAACUGGUACUAAUAUUGGAUCUAAGAGUAGCAAAAGUUAUGCGUGGUACCAUAGAGAUACAAACGGCAAUGACUGGAAGGCAUAUACUGGAUUGACCUCAGUCCAGCCUCCUGAGAAGGUUACUGGUAACCUUAAAAGUGCCUUAGAUAAUGCUAGAAUUCCUCUCCAAUUAAAAGAAUGUCACAUAGAAACUUCUGCAAAAGGUAUUAAGCUUGACAUUAUACAGACCCCUCUACAAGGAAAAAAUUUCUGUGAAUACACUGAUACAUCCGUUGAAACUAAGAAGGUAUUCAUCUUCGUGACUAAGACAGCGGAGACUCCCAUAGUUAACUUUUUCAAGAAUACCCACAAGCCUGCGAUUAGGAAUGAUAAAACUUUUCUUCUUCAACAGCAGCUGGUUGAUGGAUCAAAGUUCCAAUCAAAGAUCCAGAGUGUGAAAAGUUUUGAUGUAUACUUCUGGGAGGGAGACAGAAAAAGACCAAUUAUCAUUGAAGUUGACGCAACAAGAGAACAUGUCAAAAGAUACUAUGGUAAAGGAAACAGUGUAACUUCCUCCUGGCUACAUAGCGGUAACGAAGGAAGAAACUUAUUAGAGUCUUUGGAUCACUGGAAUUGUGAGAAUAAUAAUGCUAUUCCCAUAGAGUUGACAGAACCAACAAAUCUCACAAGGUUUUCUUCUACUAAUAAACCAUCCAGCUGUCUAAAGGGGAAUCUUGUAAGGUCUGAUAAAUCCCCCGAUCUUCCACCUGGAGCAAAAGAUAUCUAUGAAGCAAAAGCCUAUCAAGUAGAAAAUCGUAAAAAAAUAUCUAGACUGACCUACAAUUACCAACCAACUGACAUAGUUCCUCCGUAUGAAGAAGAGGAUCCAAUAGUCUAUCUUUACUACUGGAAGGAUGAUCUGGGUGGAUCCAAUAAAGUUCCUUUACUUAUUGAAUUUAUAGGGACCGCUGAAAAACUAUGGUAUGAGAAUAUUGACAAAGAGAGUACAAAAUGGAGAAAGAUUAGUAAAAGUGUUUAUGUUAACUUUUAUAGUUCAGAUGGUCAUAGCACACCUGAACUAAACGAAACAUUUACUACAAAGAUCCAUGAAGUUAACUGCAGAAUUCAUGAAGUUGUUCAAGUAGACAUCUCAAAAAAACAUGAUAGGUACUGUCAUCAUGGGUGCAAUACCAGUAAGAUAAAGGUUAGUAAAUCAAAGGAAACUAUCAAUGAAUAUAACAUUUAUGAUCAUGAACCAGUGGAGACGAACAUACAUCUAACGGUUUCUUCUAUUUUAUAUUACGGUAAAGAGCAAAGGGUUAUUGGAAGCUCCCUAAACUUUCCUCUGAAAAAUGUUAAAAAGGUAACUGCCUACUUUCCAAACUGUUCUGGAGGUGCUCCGGUUGCAAUACAGAUCCAACUUACCGGAGGUGAAAGGUGGUUGAUAAAAAAAUAUGAUAAUUGGGAGGAAGUUACUGAUACAUAUAAUAAAGCCAAAAAUGAUGCUGCUACAAUGAAAGGUCUUUUGGAUAAAGUAAAGGACGAAAUAAGAGCGUGCGAUAGAAUUUAUCCGCAACAAAACUUAUCUUCUAGUUAUGGAUCAUUACUUUCUGGUGAUCAAGGACCGAGUUUACCUAUAGCCCUUGUACAGGAUAUUAAUGAAGACGAUAGGAUGGCUUUAAAUAACCUUGUUUCUGAGGCUGAUAUUAUGGAUAAAGAAGAGAAAAAGGAACAUAGCUAUGAUCACGGCUUCUUUGUUCUAGAUGAGGAAGAAGAUAACACACUAAGAAAGGAACAUGCUGACCAUACUCUAUCUAGUAUUAUCAAUGGUUAUUCGGGAAAUUCUGUUAUAGUAGCGGCGUCUUCAACAGAUACCAUUUAUUCACCGAUAUAUUCAACAUCUGGUUCACCGAAUGUUACAAUUGAUAUAAAGAAGAAUACUGAGAAAGCCACAAAAACUGUAUACAAAAUACCCUCAGAUAAAGGAAAAUUUGUUGAUUUAGAGAAAGAUAUUUAUCCAGAAGAUUCCAAUUUCUAUAGAUAUACACAUGAGGCAACCGAUGAGGUACCUUUUACAGUUGAGCAAGUUAGGUAUGAUGACAUCCCUAUAUCUAAUAUUAAACCAGAUGAUCCCAUUUAUAGUUACUCAGUGUGGUACUGGAAAGAGACCGUUGCAGCUAUGAGAAACCCACUAUUGAUAGAAGCUGAGAAGGAAUAUGACAAAGUUGUUUACUAUGCUAGUACUGGAACUGGUGGAGUCACAUGGAAUAUCACCACGUCACCAACUAAACCUCUCCAGGAAGAGAAACUCGAGACUCAGCUGGAUGGCCUCAACUGCAAACUCAACAAAGCAGUCACCAUGGAUCUAUCAUCAGGAACUAGGGACAAUGGAUCAUAUUGUUGUGAAGAACACAAGCAUGGUACUAAGAGGGUAUUUGUUAGCAAGGGAUCUGUUGAAGUUAAGGGUAAGAGCUCAACUCCUAUUCCCUAUUUCAAACAUGAGAUUAACCAUGGAGUUGCACUAUCCAGUAUUAAAUACUACAUCAAUGGCGAUACAGAUAACAGAAAGAGAAUAACUGCUAAAGAACUAACAUUUCCAAUUCAAGGUUCAUUGAGCGUAUAUAUCUUUUACUGUUCAGAGAAUCCGGUACUUAUUUAUGUUGAUUCAUCCCAAGUUAAUGUUAGGGGAUGGUACAAACAAAAUAGUGAUUAUAGUCGACCAUGGAUAAAAGUAUUGAAUGACCUCUCCACAAAAACACCAGAUAAUAUCAAAAAGUGUGAUACCGAAUUUAACAAACUUGUGGGUAUACUAAAUUCGUUUGGAUGUAACAACUAUCAACCAUGUGAUGACAAAUCUCAAUCGCAGACUCAAGUAAAACUGAAACAGGAUUCGGGAUUAACUAUUAAACUCAAAAACAAGCCAUCUAGUGGAGAUAGUACUACUACUUAUGAAGAUACUACCGAUGGUAAGAGGGUUAAAAUUACUGUCACAAGAUCUAAUGAUCCCACUAGAUCAGACUUCUAUAAAUUCACUCACGCCCCUACAGAAUCAUUCAAGCUUGAAGAAGUGCAAGAUGAUGAAGGUAUUUCUAUUACAGAGACUAAGAGCAUCUCCGGAAAGGUAGGUUCAGUUUCUGCUUAUUACUGGAAACAUGAGACUAGUAAGAAUCCACUAUUGAUCGAGAUACAAGACAGUGGUGGACAGAAUACAUACUAUAGAAAUAAUAAGAAUGGUCAAUGGAGUGAUUAUAAACUCAAAUCACAAACUACUGGAGAACCUACUAAGGAUGAGUUAGAGUUGCUAAAUUGUACGAUUAAUGAUGUUGUUCAAAUAGAUGCUACUAGGAUUUCAUAUUACAAUGAACGUUACUGCCACCAUGGAGAUUUGCAACAGAAGAUAAAGGUCUCUGAUAUAACUGAUAGCAGUGGAAAACUGGGUAUGUACAAGGCCUUUACACACCAACAUAGCGUCGGAGGAAAACUUAUCAUCUCUAGUAUUAAGAAGGGGAGGGAGGAUAUAACACCAAGUGAUCUGAAAUCUAUACUUCCCCUCAGGGAUGUGAACAAAGUGAUUGUAUACUUUUGUCGCCACGACAUUAGGAAAACUUCCGAACCUCUUCUCGUAUACGUAGACUCUGACUCUAUUAAGGAUCCAAAUCAUAAGUGGUUUAAAAGGCCUGACAGUGGUACUACUUGGGAACCUGCUGGAGGUUUAAAUGGUAUGAAUGAACAUAAAUACACAAAGAUAAUUGACAUUCUUGAUACCAUCCAGAGCACCUGUAAACCACCUGAAGUAACUAUAGACAUUUAUGAAAGAAGUACUUGGGUAAACUAUAAUUAUACAGAUGGUAGUUCUAGUAAUUACAUAAAUGUUAAAAAAUAUAGUAAUAAAUGCAAUGACCCUGGAGGCUUUUAUGAAUACAAGCACUGUUUAAAGAGUAUAUCAGAUAACUAUUAUACCGUAAAAGAGUUCCAAUAUAAUGGGAAGUCGGUUACAAAUGGGUUAGCAAGAACUAAGAAAGUUACUCAGGUAUCAGUCUACUACUGGUCCACUUUGGAAAUUCCUGAACAUAGGAACAAGAGUAGACCCCUUCUUGUCAAAGUAGUUACUAAGGAGCCUGGCCAAAGUUCUGAGGACAAGUAUUAUGAGAAUAAAGGUGAUCAGGGAGAGACAAAUUGGGCACCUGUUGGAGAUAUAUCUAGCUCUAUCGAGCAAGAACUUAAACUCCUCAACUGUAAACUUAAUAAUGCGGUUGUUAUAGAUGUUAGUAAAUAUGGUACAGGAGUUAUAUACUAUGAUGCCUGUGAUAGGAAGGAUUUGGACAGUGGACAUGGUGAGAGAAUGACAGUUUCCAAGGACGACACUGGUACCUCUCUUGGAAGUUAUGAAGUUUACAAGCAUACUCUGAAGAAUCCCACUCGAGGGAAGUUUCAUGUAGUAGGAUUAAAGAAUGCCGGAAUAAUUCUCACUGGAAUUGAUGUAAGUUAUACUAAUCCUAUUCUAGGUGUGACUGAAAUGAGGAUCUAUUUUUGUUCACAGGAACUUGAGAAGCCUCUCCUCAUAUACUAUAGGAGGAUUGGUAGUACGUCUGAACACAACUGGUAUAAGAAUGAGAAAACCAAUGAUGAAAGUGGUAGUUGGCAAGUUGUAACAGGAGGAUUUAUACAGAGUACUUACAACGACGAAGGGAUUCAAGAAGUACUUGACAAAUUGGAGAGUAAAUGCAAACAGGGUACUCCUACUACUGCUAUUACUACUGAUGAUACUUCUAUCACUCCUCUUCCUGAUGGACCUACUGAAGAACGCGCUGACGCUCUUGGUGCUAUUGCUCCCGUUGCUACUGGUUUUACUGUUCUCACCGGAUUAGGCUCUACCUCUGGUACUCUUGCCGGAACCGCUGCAACAUUUUUUGGAGGAUGGAAACUUUAUAAUCGCUAUAAAGGAGAUCCUUGGGUUAGACAAAUAUGA